AAUGUGGAGAAGAACCUUCUAAAAUUGUCUUAAAAUAGCAGCCAUUGGAUCUUCUAUUACAUUUACUUCUAAUCUAGUAUUUUCUUAAGAGUAAUUAUAUGCAUGGGUAAUAAAAUAAAAUAUAUUAAGGGAUGGAAUAAUUUUGGAUAAUUAGGGAUUGGAAAUUCCAUAUCACAAUAUUCCCCUUAAUUAGUUCCAAUUUAAAAUGUUUUAUUUGUAGCAUGUAGAUCUAGUGUUUCUGCAGCAAUUGAUAAAUCUGGAAAAUUGUAUACAUGGGGAAGAUCAAAAUUUGGUUUAUUAGGAAAUGGAUAGGUUGAAAACAUUAAUAUUCCUACAUUGGUUGAAUGUUUAAAACAUUUGGAUUUUAAAUUUGUUGCAUGUGGGAAUUAUCAUAUGGCUGCAAUAAGCACAGAUGGAUAAUUAUAUACUUGGGGUAAUUAGGAUCAUGGUAAACUCGGUCAUUCAUUUGAUAAUUCAGCCAAAUUACCAUCAAGAGAAAAAUAUGAAUAUUAAAAGAAUUUAGGAUCAGCUAAAUUACCAGAAUUAGUAAAAUUAAAUUUUAAAGUACAAUAAGUAGCUUUAGGAGAUCAAUUUACUAUAAUAUUAUCAGAAGAUGGUAAUGUUUAUUCAGUAGGAUUGAAUAAGAAAGGUAUACUAGGAUUUGAAACAAAAAAUAUUGAAUAAUUAGAAUUUAAAUAAUUACAAAGUUUAAGAAAUAUCGUGUAAAUUGAUAGUGGUACUGAUUUCAGUGUUGCAUUAGAUUCAGAUGGAAAGUAUAAAUGAAAAAUAAAUAUAGUAUGUUUGCAUGGGGUAGUAAUUACUUUGGAUAAUUAGGAACUCCAAGUCCUUCAGUAAUAUAAAUACCAUAAUAAAUAAAAGGAUUACCAAAAAUAAAAUAAUUUUCAUGUGGUGAGUAAUUCAUUGGUGCUCUAAGUACAGAAGGUGUAUUAUAUACUUGGGGUUUUGGAGGAGAUGGUUAAUUAGGAACACCUAGCAAAUAAGAUAUUCCAACACCUCAUAAAAUUUAAUUUGAUUAAAAUAUAGAUAAAGUUUCAUGUGGAUAAGCUCAUGUUGGUAUCAUUAGUAAUAAUAAACUCUAUAUGCAUGGAAGAGGAAAAGAAGGUUAAUUGGGAAGAGGUUCUGAAACAGAAUCUCCUAAUAGUAGUAGAUUCUCUCCUUUAUUAGUCAUGGAAAAUGUAAUAAAAAUUGCAUGUGGAGGAAGUCACUCUUUUGCAAUUGUUAACUAAAAAUGA